AUGGUGAGGUGUCUGUCAGCUGGCUGUGCAGGGAAGCUGCCGGACCCUGAAACCUCUCCCACAUCACCCCCACCGCGCAGCCAUAGCCACAGCAGUGCCUGGCCCGAGGACCAAGGGCAACCCACCCCCAAAAGGCCAAACCGCCAGGUUUCCGCACCGCAGACCCAGCCGCAGCCCAGGAACAGGCUGAACCUGAGCCUGCUGCCGCCUGAGCUGCUCCUGAACGUGCUGAGCCACGUGCCCCCGAGCAUGCUGCUCUGGAGCUGUCGCCUUGUGUGCCGCACCUGGAGGUCCCUGGUGGAUAGCAAGGCCCUGUGGCUGCUGUUGCUGGCCCAGGACCACAGCGCCUCCGGCCGCGCCCUGCUGGAGCUCGUCCGCAGCUGCCUGCCCCCUGCCCGCGACGCCAGACCCAGUCCUCUCGUUCGCUUCUGCUUGCUCAGACCCAUUGGACGAAACCUCAUCCGCAACCCCUGUGGACAAGAAGGCCUCCGGAACUGGACGGUGCAGCACGGAGGGGAUGGUUGGGCGGUGGAAAACAACUGGAUACCAGUGCCUGGGGCGCCUUCUCACACCUGCUUUGUCACCUCAUACUGUUGGUGUUCAAAGAAGCAGAUCCUGAACCUGGAGGCUGAGGGCCUGUGGCCAGAACUGCUGGACAGUGGCAAGAUUGACAUCUGUGUCUCAGACUGGUGGGGAACCGUACGCGAGUGUGGCGCUAGGUACCAACUCCUUGUCCAACUUCGAGAUGCCAACAAUACCGUCCUAGAUGAAUUCUCUGCCAUGCGCGUCGCUGUUGCACACUGGAGCAGCAUGGCUGACCCCUUCCUGUACCUACAGGUCACUCACGUCUUCUCCAACAUCAAGGCGGGCAUCCGUUUCGUGUCUUUUAAACACGCAGGCACAGACACAAAGUUCUGGGCUGGCCACUACGGAGCCCGCCUGACCAACUCCAGUGUGACCGUGCGAAUCAGCCAGCCCUAGGCAAGGCUGCUCUUCUUGCAAGCCCGCCUGACUGUGCCUUCCAGGAGCCAGAGCCAUUGGCCGGGACCCUACACUAACCAAGUGCUUGUGCCUCAAUCACACAUUGGGGACUCCAGUCUUCGGACUCUGCAACAACUGAAAAAGGGACU